UUCGAAAAAGUUGGAAUAUGGAGUUCGCUGCCACCUUCUUUGGCAAAUAAUUUUCUAUACAUAUUUAUGUUUUGCCCGACCGAACUUAACUACUUUUUUACUUGUUUUACUACAGUUGGCCUUGAGGUGGCCAAACUGUGUAUUAACUCUGAAUAUUCUGUCUUGAAUUCUUUUACACCUAUAGUAAUAAAGUUUCAAUAGUUACACAAACAUUCCCCCACAUAUUGGUAUAUUACUUAGCAACGGUUUGUUUGACAUUGUGUGAACUUAUUUGGAACAUCGACGUUUUGAAAUGAAAAGAAAAAGAGAUUACACCUCGAAAGCGAAAAUUCAAAUUGAUCCCCAUAAACACGAUGAUCAAAUCAGAGAGUUGGAAGCUAAGCAUUACGAAACUGAUGAAGUGGUCACUGUAGAAGGACAAGCCGUAGAAACGGAGGGCUCCUCAGAGGAGGAAAUGGAUAUUGUAAGUUCAGACACCCACAGCGAUAUAGGCCGAAUUGAUAUAUCAUUUCCUGAAGCAUUUUCCGACCACUGCCAUUCUCGACUGUGUUAUCCCUUGUCUUAUUACAUUUUGUCGCCGAAAGAGCGAUUAUUGCUUUUGUACGCGGAGAAUUUUCGGCAUCAAUUUUUUACAUCUAAUUUAAAAACUCGACCUUUGGUUCUCGCUUUGCCCAAUGAGUGUAAUAUCCAGAAAUUCGUUUGUACGACUCUUCGUCCCACUUCAUUUCUGUAUAAAUCGCUAAGAAAUGCGGCAGGAAUUGCAAGCUUUGUGGCUGACUAUGUUAUAUAUGAACCUUUCGACGAUAACAUAAGAUUUCCGAAUCGAUUAAUAUCACCAGCAACAUUGCUAUGCAAACGUCGGGGCAAUAGCUUUGAAAUGGCUACCUUGCUAUGCAGUAUGCUUAUCGGAGCUGGUUUCAACGCUUUGGUCGUUUCGGGAAUAGCGCGGACGGAUGUCGUUGAAAAUGAUCAACGUCUUGUACCAUUUCCCGGCGACAUUUACAAAUUUGAGAACGACGAACAUGUGCAAGACAAGCCUUUGAGCGAAACCCAAUUUUGUCUUGGUGGAAUGCCUGAUUUACAGAGUCAUCUGGAAACGAAUAUGGCUGAAAUUGUCAAAGAGAAGGAGAAUGAAAAACAACGCCAGGAAGCAUUAAAGCGUGAAGAGGAGGAACUGAAACAACGUGACGCAGACAGAUUUCUCUACCGUAAACCACAUGCAUGGGUGGCCCUGUUUAGGAGUGGGGCAAAGGAUCAAUCGAUUGAACAGAAUGAUGUCGAAGAUGGUACGGACCGUACUAUUGAGGUGGACUUUGUUGAGCCCUCUACUGGCUUCUUUCUAAGUAGCAGUUGCAUGGAUUACACACUGAUUAAUAGUGCAUGGAAUCAGAAGCAAUACUAUGUGAACAAACAGGUAUACGUUCGAGUGGGAGAAAUACGUUGGAACUUACAAAAUACGGACGAUUGGGAGCACCUUCUUCCGGGAGAAAAUGAAGCGGGAACAUCAAUCGACAAUGCAUCGGAAAUUAUGAAUGAAAAAUAUUUGAACACCAUUCCAUCGUGGGUAUCCAAGCUACAUCUCAACGAAAAAGAAUACGAGGAACGAUUUCCAAAUCUCCAGAAAACAGUGUUCUACAAAAGGGUGAAACAUCUGAGGUUCUCGCCAUACUUCAACAAAGAUGGGAAGAUGAUGCAAUUGACUCUCUUUGCAGAUGAUGAAUACACCGUUCCGAUUUUCGAUUGCAUUCAUUUUGAAAAUCGUGCGGAUAUGCUGCUGCGGAUUAAAAAGAAUUAUAAAAUGUUAAGUAUAAAGGAAAUCUUUGGGAAGAGCCGUAAAGAUAAUUUAUUAAAAAUUGUGCGGAGUAUGGACCCAAAUAGACCAAAGGAAUUAUACUUUUCGGCGAAUGUUCGACGAGAUUCGAUGGAAUAUCUAAGAGUUGAAACGGGUCGGAUUAUUGUAAAAAGUAAAGAUCGAAGGGAUAUGUGUUUCUACCAGGAAUUCGAAUUUAAGAUGGGAGGAGACGAGCUAAAGGUAAGGAUUAUUAUUGGCGGCAAAAACUAA